UGAACGUGUCGAAGUCACCUGUAACGUCUUCCAUUGAGCAGCAAAAGACAAUUGCAUGGAUCUCGACUUCAACCUUCAUGACGAGCUUCUUCAUCUUCAAGAAGACUCCAUCGAGAACUACCACAUUCUAAAUGAAGUGAUCCUUAUCGGCCGCAAUCGCCAGGAGCUGGAAGUCUAUUUGAAUGAUAUUGUUGACAAAAUAGAGGUAUCCUCAGAUACCAUCGCAGAACCAUUGGUCUUCGAUAAGAUUAGGAGUUUUAUAAAGAACUUUGAUAAUGUCAGACCGAAAUUUAUAGCUCGACUGGUUGAUAUUGUUCUGUCAGCAUUUCGGCAGGAGAUCAAAGCGACAUCAGCCGACAUAGAAGCCAAUGAGAAGGAAACUUUUGCGACUCAUAAAACAGUAUUGGAAAUGUACGGAUUCAUAUUACAUUGGUUUCUGCUUACGAUGGAAGAAAAAUCGUCUUCUACAUCCGGGAAAAUGAAGCGCAGCAAGUCGAAGGCACAAGAUGAUGAUAGUAGCACUUGGGAUUGGAAUCCUCAAAAGCUGCGAUCCUUUGAGCUUAUGGCAUCCUUACUCGAGCUACGAAUACAAAAGAUUUGGCCACUGACUCCGGAACGAGAUCUGCUAUUGAGUCUUUUCACGAAACCAGCGUAUCAAAUAUUUGAGAGUUCCGCCAGUAUCAAAAACUCUGGCGUGAAAGCAACUGUCUUUAAUCUUCUUGGAAUUACUGUUACCAAAUAUGGCCAAGCAUUUGGCGCACAAACAACAAUUAUUCAAGAUUUACAGUACUGGGAACAUUCUGCCGAACCUAUGGCAGAAUUUCUUCAAGUACUAGUCCUGAAUCACGACCACAGGCAAUUAAGUGACGAAGUUUUGAGAGAUAUCAGCAACAAAGUCUUCAAAGAUAACACAAGCAAGGAACUCAAAGACUCUCCUAAUAGCAAAACCUUUGCCGCAUUUUUGGUCAGAAUGUCAGAACUUUGUCCGAAAGUUGUGCUUAAAAACAUGGGAUUACUGAUAGGACAGCUGGAUAGCGAGUCUUACACCAUGCGUAUGGCCAUCGUGGAAGUCGUAGGCAAUCUUAUCAUCGACAUGACUACUAAACCGGAAGAAAAUCAGAACAACUUGCAGAUUAAUGGAUUCUUUGAUGUGUUGGAAGACAGAAUGCUGGAUUCUGUUGCUUUCACUAGAUCAAAAGUAUUGCAAAUAUACCUCAAAAUCUUGGAUUUGAAGAAGGCUAGUUUCCCGAAGAGACGCCACACUCUGGGCACCAUUGCCAUCCGUCACUUGGAAGAUAAAACUAGUUCUGUGCGUAGAUAUGCUGUUAGAGUGUUGACGAAAUUGAUUCAAACUCAUCCAUACACUAUGUACGGAGGACUAUUGGAUAUGGACGAAUGGAAGGAACGAUACGAAGAGUUACAAAAUCAAUUGGCAGCGAUUCAGGCGCCACAAGAAUUACAAGAAGUCUCGGAAGAAACACGACUUGCAGAGGCUGACGAUGAGAAUGAAGACACUAAUGGUACAGUUGACGAUACGCACCAACCGCAAACUGAAGUUUCAGAAGACGUCGAAAUGGAAGAAGCAAAUAAUGAGGAAGAUAAAACAGUAGAUGAAAGCUCCGAACAAAAUGAUGGAAAUCCAACAGCAAGUCCUCCAACCCCAAGUCCAGAACGUGCCAACGUACCACCAUCCAGUAUUGUUUCUACGGAUGAAUAUCAUCGUAUAAAUCUAGCAGUUCGAUUCAACGCAGACGCAAUCAAAUUCAUCAGCCAGAUACAAACAGCCAUACCUUUUAUCUGUUUGCUUUUGGCAUCCAAAUCGAAGGUAGAAGUGGUAGAGUCAAUGGAUUUCUUUGUCACUGCGUGGAAUUACAAGAUUGAAGCUUCAGCAGAAGGAAUCAAGAGAAUGCCACAUUUGAUCUGGACUAAGGAUAACUCUGAUGAAGGGAAAGGUGUUAAAACAAAGCUUUUGGAAUGUUACAAGUCAUUAUAUCUGGAGUUCGAUGGCAAUUUGUCAGAUAAAGAGAACAUCAAUACUAUUGCAAGAAACUUAGUACAGCUUACUUUCAAUACAACUUUGGCCGAGCUUACAUCUUUAGAACAGCUUUUGUGCACUUUAAUGAGUCAAAACCAUAUUCCAGAAGAAGUUAUCGACAAGCUCUGGGCAGUCUACAGUUACUCUAAGCGUGAAAUACCAAAACCUCAACGACGCGGCGCCAUCAUUAUCCUUGGUAUGCUGGCAAAGGCGAAAAGCGAAAUUGUAUCUGAGAAGAUCGAUGUUCUGCUCAAAGUUGGUCUUGGGUCUUAUGGCAGGGCUGAUUUACCCCUUGCAAAAUACACUUGCAUUGCAUUACAACGACUUGGAGGUAGUAAGGAAAAUGAUAAGGGAAAAGCGCUUCAUGAAGGCACUCGCCUACCUAUGGACCAUGCCAUUUUUAAAAAACUAAAGAAUAUGAUUGAAGAACCAAGCACAUCUCCUGAGUGGUUUGCAAUGGCUGAACAAGCAAUCAAUACGAUAUACGGCCUUGGAGAACAUCCUGAAAUCUUAUGUGCUGAAAUCAUUCGCAUGAAGACAAUUGAGACAUUUGGUAGUGGUGAUCUUCCACUCGAUACGCCUAUGUUGGACAACAACGGUGAAUUGGAAGGUGAAGAUGCUAUGCAGGUGGAAUACGACGUUAGUGUAGCACAUAUUGCACCACCCCCGCAAUCUGCCGUGUAUACUGAAUCGGUGAAGCUCAGCCAACUUUGCUCCAUACUCGGUCAUGUUGCAAUCAAACAUAUUGUCCAUAUGGAAAUCAUCGAAGCUGCCUGGAAAAGGAAAAAGCGCAAGGCUGAUGAUACGAAGGCACGAUCUGCUGUUGAAGAUGAAUUGGAGCAAGUUGGCGGAACAGCUGACGACGAUAUUGGUGACCAUAUGCUAUUCAUUAGAGAAAGAGAGAUCUUAUUUGGCAACGAUUCACUGCUCGCUCAAUAUGGACCUCUGCUGGCAGAGAUUUGCACCCGAAACAAGGUUUACACAGAUCCAACCCUCCAAGUGACAGCAACACUCGCUCUAUCCAAGUUCAUGUGUGUCAGUUCAGACUUUUGUGAAUCUCACCUCCAACUGCUAUUCACCAUUUUGGAAAAAUCUAAAAAUCCCGCUAUUCGAAGCAACUUGGUCAUCGCUCUGGGAGACAUGGCUGUUUGCUUUAGUACGCUGAUUGACGAAAACAUAUCCUUCUUAUACAACCGCUUGUCUGACGACGACACUCUUGUGAAGAAGAAUGCGCUCAUGGUACUAACGCAUCUUAUCUUAAACGGUAUGGUCAAAAUCAAAGGACAAAUUGCAGAAAUGGCAAAGUGCCUAGAAGACCCAGAGCCAAGAAUAUCCGACCUAGCGAAAUUGUUUUUCAGCGAACUUGCUUCUAAGGACAAUGCGAUUUACAACAAUUUGCCGGACAUUAUUAGCAGUCUCUCUAAUCCCGAAACUCGAAUCCAAGAGGAACCAUUUAGAAAGAUCAUGAAGUUUUUGUUUUCGUUUGAUUUUGCAGAGAAAGAAAAACAAGCGGAAAAUGUCAUGGACAAACUAUGCUUACGCUACAAAAACUGUGACGAUGAAAGACUCUGGAGGGAUAUUACAUUUUGUCUAUCACUAUUGCCAUUCAAGUCUGAAAAGAGUUAUCGCAAACUUUUGGAAUAUAUGCCACUGUAUCAGGAUAAGCUCCACGAGGAAGGAGUGUCCAAGCUAUUCACCGAAAUCAUUGUAAAGGUAUAGUUGAGAUCCAGAUUUUGAUAUUCAAUAGUAUGGCUAUGGAAAUAGAGGUGGCCAGGGCAAAAUGCAAAAGUCUCAAAAGGCCGAGAUGAAAGGAUCUAUUGAUGAAUUUGAGGCGAGGUUAAAUGCCUGCCGUGAAAAGGGCACCGAAGGCGAAACAAAAGAUGAAAAUGAUACACCACCUCCUCCACCAGUGGUUC